CAGUUGCUUAUGUGUGAAGUUAUCGUUUAGGAUUUCUUGACCUCGUUUUAUCCUAGAAAACAUAUAUUUGAAUGUUGCCUUACAACCGGGGACUUAAUUGACACAUGUGAUUUUCUAGCUUGUUUUUAGCCAGAAAUACUUAAACUAAAUUCCCGUUCUCAUGGAUGGGAAUGCAGAGCAGAAAGAGAAUGACCCUGGGUCCAAUCCCAACAUUGAAAACACAGAGCUGAAGAACGAUGAGCAACUCCAGCAUACACUAGCUGAAGAGCCCUCAGAAGAGGGCAAAUCCACUAAUGCUGAUUACUGUAAGAAUAAAGCUGACACGGCUACAGAUGAGGCUGAGGAGGUGGUAGCAGUGGAGCAGAGUGGGCAAGAGUCUGAAAAAGCUUUAGGGGAACAGGCAACAGAGGGUAUCUCAGCUGAGACAGAGGGAGGGAACCCAGCCGCUUCUGAGCCAGGAGAGGGCGCUGGAGAUGAGUCACCCACAGGACCCAACCUACCAACGAGUGAGACAUUCGAAGAGGGAGAGGUCCCGGAGAUGAAGCCUCUAAUAGGGGAGCCUCUCUCCCGCGAGGGGAGCCUCACACUCGAAGAUGUCGACAACAAUGAUGAUGAAGACGGACCGCCAAAACUAGACCCAGGGACUCCCGAAGGGGAGAGUUCCGUGCAGGUUGAGGAAAAGGGUCCCUCUCUAACCAAAGAGACGGGCCCCAGCAUCGACUACAAAGAGUACAUGAACUUCCUUUAUGAGUUGCAGGCAGAGAAGGACAAACUGAGCCAGGUCAACGGUCAGCUCCAGAUCAAGCUGGUGGAGUACUUCCGCAAGAAGACAGGUGAUGACGCACGUCCUGAGAAGGAGAAAGCCGUGUCGGACCAGGAGCAGCGCUACCAGAAGUACAUGGCCAUCAUGGAGGACCUGAAGUGGCAGCACCGGCUGGACUCGGAGGCAGCCCAGCAGCAGGCAGAGGAGCUGAGGCAGCAGAGCCAGGAGAAGCUGGGCCAGCUGGAGACCGAGUGGAGCGCUUUCAUGGCACUGAAGCGCGACGUGGCCGUGACGGCCCUGAGCCGGCGCCUUGGGAAACAGGCGGCGGCGGUCGAGGUAGAGCAGAUCCAGGCGGCCGAGCAGCGGCGCCAGAAAGAGCUGGUCACCGUGCGCCUGGAGAAUAUCAAGCUAAAGAACAAGACGCGCAAGUUUGAGGCCACACUGCGUGCCAAGGAGAUGCUCGCUGAGGGCCUGCACCUCAUCGACUUCGAGCAGCUGAAGAUAGAGAACCAGACGUAUAAUGAGAAGAUAGAGGAGCGCAACGAGGAGCUCCUUAAACUGCGCAAGAAGAUCACCAGCACAGUCCAGGUACUAACCCAUGUGAAGGAGAAGCUCCAGUUCGUGCAGAUGGAGAACCAGGCCAAGCGGGCCCAGUUGGCUGAGGUGGAGUUGGUGGUGGCCAGGAAGAGGGAUGUGCUGACCAGGACCAAGCAGGCCAGGGAUGGCCUACGUAUGGACAACCUGAAGCUGCGCCAGCGCUGCGGCCUGCUGGGCAACGAGAUCCUGCUGAGGGACUUUGAGGAGAAGGUCGACGCCUCAGACGACCUGGAGGAGAGGCUGGAGGGGCUGAAGAGGAGGCACGCAGAGCUCAUACUGAAGUGUGCCGGGGUCAAGAAGAAACUGGAGUACACCAAACCCUAACCCAAACCCUAAUCCAAACCCUAACCCAAACCCUAACCCAAACCCUAACCCAAACCCUAACCCUAACCCAAACCCAAACCUUAAUCCUAACUCAAACCCUAAUCCUAACCCAAACCCUAAUCCUAACCCAGACCCUGAGCCUAUCUCAAACCCUAAGCCUAUCUCAAACCCUAAUCCUAUCUCAAACCCUAAUCCUAACCCAAACCCUAAACCUAUCUCAAACCCUAAUCCUAACCCAGACCCUAAACCUAUCUCAAACCCUAAGCCAAACUGAAGUGUGGAAAUCGAGGAGCGGAGGCGAGGAGAGGAAACGUGGAAACAAUAUGCUUGUAGGAAAUGAUACUCCUUCUCCACUCACGCGUCAUCAGGCUAAUGACAUUUACAGCGGUAGAAUGAAACGUGUAAAGUGCUAAGGCUAGAUGUGCAAGACAUGUUAUAGAUUAAAAGAAAAGUAGCAUGUUGUUUUGAAAUGUGUGCAUGUAAGCAACAGUUGAUUCAAAGGGGGAGUGGCAGAUUUCAAAACUCCUCUGCAGAGCAUACACACAGGAGGCACUUCAGUAUCCAACGCGAGAGGAGUUUAGAGGCAGGUAGGAGUCUUCGCGAAGUCUGGUGACAUGAUAAGUGAGGGUAGUAACCAAGGGGAUGGAACUCGGAGGCAGGGUUGGAGGCGGAGACUACUUGGGGCAACUUCACGUCUGGUUGGCUGGGGGUUACUCCUCGGUUCACCUACUAACAAAUUGACACUCUCCUCGACCACUUAUUGGUUUCCAGGUCACGGAGGAAAGAAGGACUGAGGAGUCAAGGAGAGGACAGACUUUUCCAAUUGAGAAUCUCCCAAGGUCUAUAUGAUCAGUCAGAAAUCACCAACUGGUCAUAGACGGAAACCAUAUGUAUUAUAAUAAGUAGUCUGUUGUUUUAUUUGCUGACAUGUUUUAGUUGUUUUGCAUUUACAACCCCUGAUAAUAUAAUAACAGUUGUCAUGAAGGAAAUUGUCAUACUCAAGGUUGGUGAGCGGUUUAUUUGCAACUAGUUUAAGUUGUCAUUAAAAUGUGAAAUUC